AGUGGUGGCAGUCCCUGGGAUGGAAAUGUAUAAUGUUUUUGAUGGAAAUGCGGAAACAUAUCUAGCAAUUCCUCAGCAAUUGCUCUUCUUUCAAUCAAAUGAAGACCUAUUUUGAACGGUUCAAGGCACCGAGCCAAAUGCACAUCUUACAAGUCCACCUGUUAAACAACUUGACGCCAUGUACAACGAAGGAGCCCCGGAGUUUGUAGUUGAACAAGGCUUGUAUUACCCUACUGCCACCAAUUAUGGGUACAUCUGUACAGGAUUUGAAUCACCCAGCGAUUGGGAUGACCACCAUAGGAUUUUUGGUCUGGAUGGUCAAGAAGUUCAGUACACGGGUGCACAAACUGAAAGUUUGCCUUAUGUAUAUUAUACACCUAGCUAUGGCUAUGCACAGUCUCCAUAUAACCCAUACAACCCUUACAUUCCUGAUGCUAUGUUAGGAGUUGAUGGCCCAUUUGUAGGGACGCAACAGUAUUAUGCCAUCCCAUCUUAUGAAAACCCUUUGUCUUCGCCUUCUGGGUUCCCCAUGGUCAUCCAAUCUGGGCCAGAGAUGAUCUCAAGUAGUACAACUGAACCCUUCUUAGAUACUGGUGUAUUUACUGCACAUAGAACUGAUGGGCCAGGUCACAAUAAUCUGUCUCCAGCAUCUGCAACUUUACAGACUGCCCCAAAGCUUGCUUCAAAUCAGACACGCUCCUUGGCACCCCCUUGGCCAAAAGUAGCAAGUUUUUACAAUCAUGGUCUUUUAUUGCCUUUUGGCAUCAUUUUACCAAGUUUGUUUUCUAACUUUUGUGUGUUGGUGUUGUAG